GUGGGAAGAACUUUCAGCAACGAUGGGAGUUUUCAUGUGUAACCAGUACAAGUUUUUCAGUUUCUCUCUGCCUCGAAUUUAAAAGUGAGAACACAGCCCGUGUGGGCGUUUUGUCUUUUCGCCUACUUUGACCCAGGAUGCCAGGUUUGACUAAAAAAAGCCGGUAAGGUUUACAAAGUGAGUUUGCUGUAUGUUCAGCAUCACACAAAAGAAGGAAUCGACGGAGUUGUCUUAAGUGUCAUCAGGUUUUGAAUGUUCUAAACAACCACUGGGGCAGUUUGUCUUUGCUUUUUGGCGAAAUGGAACACUUAGCAGCAGAGUGCCUUGUGUCAAUGUCCAGCCGCGCAAUAGUGCACGCUCCUAAAGGGAACCGGGAGAUCCGAGCCGAAACUGCGGCUGCACCCAGGAACGCAGAGGAGACCAAGGAAGCGCUGGUCAGGGACAACUCUUCUCUUUUCGUAGUUGCUCGAAUUCUAGCGGAUUUCAAUCAACAGACCCCGAGCAAUUUCGUCGAGCAGGCAAAAACCAAAGAGGAGAGCAUGGCACCGAGCCCACCACCAGAGGAUGGAAACUCUGCCACACCUACCGCCGUUCUGACCGACUCUGCUGCUGCUGCUGCCCUUAAACAAAGAGGCAAGCGAUGGAGGGCACGACCUGAGCAGCAAGAGUCCCCGCAGAAAAAGCACAAAUGCCAUUAUUCGGGCUGCGAAAAAGUUUAUGGCAAAUCGUCCCAUCUCAAAGCUCACCUAAGGACACACACAGGAGAACGGCCCUUCCCGUGCACCUGGCCCGACUGCAGUAAGAAGUUCGCCCGCUCCGACGAGCUGGCCCGCCACUACCGCACACACACAGGCGAAAAGAAAUUUGGCUGCCCACUGUGCGACAAGCGCUUCAUGCGCAGCGACCACCUGAUGAAGCACGCGCGCCGCCACCCUGACUUCCAGCUGGACAUGCUGAAGAGGCAGCAGGGAAGUAGUGCAGGCCUAAACGGUGCCAACAGCAAACGGCCUGGCUCGCUUAGCGACUACAGCCGCUCGGAUGCCUCCAGCCCCACGCUCAGCCCCACUCUCAGCCCAGCCAGCUCGCCUUAAACCUGGUCGCACUUUCUGCCCUCCGCCCCCUGCGGCUCCAUGCUGUUUUAUUUUACCCUUCUGAUUCUUUUCUGUCGAUAAUAAUGAUGUUGCACACUGUCAGCGGCAACCUCGUUUUUUUGCUAAUCGUGUUGCUUGCUGUGGUGUACUCUACUGUACAUAACCGCUUCAUGUAGUGCAAUUUUUUCCGUGCAACUCCGUAAGACAGAAAACACAGAACAGAAAAAAUGCCUUUUCCAGAUGGCAAUAUUUACAUAUUACUUGAUGUACCAUAUGUCUGUAUUUUUAUAGCCUCUGGCCACAGCCAGCUUCUAUAAUUGUUUUGUUUAUUUCAUUUGAUUAACUGUUCAGGUGAAACAUUUGGACAGAAUUAACAGCUAUACAUUGACCUUCUUUUUUUAUUUAUAACAGGUUAGGGGGAGGGCACACACACACCUCAGGAUCCAAUAAUGUUUUCCUUUCUUCUCUUUAAUAUUUACCUUGACUGCACAAAACAAGCAUCACUUUACUCUGAAAUUCAACAUGGGUUGAAUUUUGUGCCCUGCUCAGGGAUGGCCUUGUUAGCUUGAAAGAAUAAACAUGAAGAGAAGACAUACAUAAAACAGCCUUACACUCAACAGAAAAUUUGCACUCUUUUCUUUUGUCUUUUUUUCUUGGUUUUCACAUCAGGGAAAACUAGCACUUGGUUUGACAGUCAUUCAAACUCAACUUUAUAUUUGUCUGUAAUAUGUGGUACCACACAUUAAGAAACUAGAAUUGAGUGAAAGUCAAUGUGUUAUGAGACUGGAAAUAAUGUUUUGUUUUUGGCAUUGCUUUCUCUCAGAAAGUUGGGUUGUUUUUGGUUGAGUUCUCAUUUAUUUCAAAGGCUAUGUUCACAUUACAAAGUUAAAGCAGCACAAAUUCUUUUCUAAACAGAACAUUUGGAAGAUCGAAGCUAAUUCUUGAGUUUGACACAUUUUGGCCCUUAUUAUAAACAGCUGACAGCCUGUCAGCCAAAUGUUAAAGCAAAUUAUCCGUAUAAUAAAGGCCUGUGCUGCUUGUGUGUUUAUUUUAUUACGAAUAUGGUGUUUAUGAUUUAAUUCAAGCCUAGAUGUAAGGUUAUCGAUUUUAACACAUUUUAAUGUGUGUGGUCACGUGAUAGACAUCGGCCACUCACAAAUGUGAAUCUUAAAGCCGGAAAGAAUUCCAAUGAGCAAAAAAUAAAUAAAUUGAACACUAAGGAUUGUAUUGUGAAUGUGGCCAAAAAAAAAAAAAAAAAAAUCAACACCUACACUAUCAUACUGUAGGUGCAAAGACUGCCAUACUAUGCUCAACCUACCCAAAGUGGAGAACAGAUAGGCCUGCUCUUCUUACAGGACUAAACCCAAUCCCCUAAAACAUGAAGGAUAAAGUUUCAAAGCAGCAGCACUGCACCAUAAAUACUGCACAUAACUCAGCAUCAGGGUUCUUCACAACAGUACAGGUAUAUCACACCCACCACGGGAUUCAUUCAAUUCUCUUUCAUUCACUUUUAACAAGAUCGAAGCACACGGAGCAGAAACACCCAAAGACCAAAGGUGUAAUAUCUAGAGCUGGGGAAGGAAAAUGUGAUGCAUCGUGUUUUGUUAUGACAAAUGACCUUUGUUUAUAGUGUCUGCAUGGGAGCUUUCCUUAGCCCAGUUUGUACACUCUACCUUGAAAAGGAGUAUGUAAGAAAAAGGCAAACAUUGACAAAAGGAUAGAGUGAUGAUUUAGGGUGUCUCCAGGGUCCUUGGGCUAACGAGGCAGACUAAACGUAAGCUAGAGAAUUGCAGGUCUUUAUUGAGGCUGGAAGCUGGACUGGUGUGUCUGUUUAAGUGGGGGGAGAAAGAAUGAACAAACCCAAAGGGAGCCAGAUAGUAGGCUUUAAGCUAAGCAGGUUAGAGGAAGAGACAUUCAGUAAGCUAAUAUCUCUGGCUCUGUGAUUGGAGUGCAGUCCCCCAUUUCUAUUGCAUGCUGCCCCUUGCUCUGUCCAUGACCAACCACUAAGGAAAGAAGGAGCAUUUCAUCAUCUACCAGAGUGCCUGGAUUGAAUAGGGUGGAAGAUGUCUUUAAAUCAUUAUUACAUACAGGAAGUUGAGCAUUGUAUAUAAAGGCUGAUAGACAAUUAGAAUGAUUGUUACUGAGCAUAUCUGUUGACAUCUGUAUCAAGUCAUUGAUGCAGAAGAGAAUGAAAUAUUAUACUAAUUACCUGUGUUUUCAGUAUUGACACAGUAGAUGUUACUUUAUUUGUUUUACCAUUUGUCUUUGCAUUAAUAGGGUAGCAAAUAGCCACAGGACUUCUAGCUUUGUAUUGUUCAAACCAUAUCCAUACCUCAACACAUACUUCUUUACUGUCACAGACACACUGACAAGCAGUCAGUGUGUUGCUAAAUGCAUUACCUCAAUAAACCAUUCAAGCGGCUGCUUUCAAACUUGAUCCUCAUUAAAACAGGGCUUCAGGCUCUUGAAUAUCUUUGUUGCUACCAAAUUCAUGCAGUAACACAUACUUGUACUUUGAUUUUUGUACAGUGACAAUGAUCCUUUGCUUUGAAAAGCCAUGCCUAACAGAUAUGCCUCAUCAGCUCAGGCCAGAGGCUUACAAAAGCUGCCAUUAAGAGAGGCACCACUGUCUAAACUACUUUGACACUGCCUCACACACAGCUACACUCACAUUUGUGUGCACGAUAAUGUAAAUGCUUGUUCACUCAUCUUUCACACUUGUCAACUCACUAUCGCGUGCUCUCUGUUACCCCUAUACAACUUGUCAUUCUCGUGCUUAUUCAGUCCAUAGCGGGCAUCUGUUUCCCGUUAACUCGUAUUCCACCAUGGCUCCUAGAGCGAGAUGGGCUCUGAGCUCAGUGGCACUACCCAGCUGGGGAUGUGGUAUCCCUGGGUUGCAAGAGCAGGUGGAGCCCUGUGAAUACCAUGCCUUGUCCCUCUCCUCUCUCCUUCCCUCCCCCCAGGGCCUCUCAGCCCCAGUCUUUCAAACCGACAUAAUCAAGGCUUUCUCUCUUCUCACUGCCUUUAAAAAAACACAUGUAAUAAAAUGCCUCAGCAUCACACAUGCAUUUCUCCUGCAAUUAGACCACACAGAAAGCUGUGUAUGUGUUUAAUCAUUCCCUCACUUCAAACAGGUUCCAGAACUGCACAGAUCAACAUAAGUCAAAAACAGUUUGAAAGGCGCUCUAACACUAGCAUUUAGUCUGGAAAUUGCAUUAAUGUUAAUAGACAAUUUUGCAUGGCAAACGUCCUGUGCAAUUAACACAGAGCAACUUUAAACCAUGCAAUUAACUGGGAUGUAUUAUAUAAAACCUUAAGCCUUCAUGCUGUUAAAUUAUUCCUUGUUAAAAAAAAAAAAGUCAACAUUAUUAUUAGACUGGGAGUUUUUAUUAUAGACUACAGUUUAGCUAGCUGAUAACAUUACUACAGUUGAAUCCUGGCCUUUUAAGCAAUGGAAAACAAACUAAGGUUUUUAGUCAAAUGAGUUCCAUACAGAUUAGCAAUAGAGAAGAUGCAAAAUGUUGUAUGCUCUAUUCUCACCUGUCAUUAACCAACCCCCCAAAAGGACAUAAUAACACAUUUCUUCCCUUAUCUGCUGACGUUUUCUCACCAAGAGCAUUUUCUCAUGCUCCUGUAGAGCUGUGGCUUAGGCGUAACUUUGUAACUGUGUUCUUCUCACUGCUGGUCAGUGUAAGUACAAAGAGAACAAUGGUGCCCCUCUGUUGUCUCUAAACUGAGCUCUGCUUAAAGCCAGUAGCAUCUUCCAGUACCACCCAUUUCUCAGAUCAACCUUAUCUUGGGUUCUAAUGAAAUGGGUUAAAUUUUUACUCUCCAGUUUCCACUUAAGUCAUUUAUGCUUGCUUAGUCACAGGUCAAUAUGAAAUAUAAAAAUGGCAUAAUUUUACUCCUUAUUUUCACUGUACAAUUUUACUUGAAUGAAAAGCGAGACCAUUGAACAUUGAUUAAGGCAUGUCUAGGGUAAAACUGUACUUGCUUUGUCCUUAUCUUAUAUUUUAACUUAAAAUGUAUUCAUCUGACUGUUUAUUAUUAACAUAUUUCCCUCUUUUGUAUUUUAAUUUUUCACUUUCAAAGAAUGAUUUGUAUGUAAUUGUCAAGAUUAUUGUUUUUUUACAUUUUAAUCUCAGACACAAUGCUAUUUUUAUAGUCAUUGAGAGAGAUCCCAUUACUUUCCUCUUUAUCCAGAGACACUGAAUCUUUGUUAUAAGCAGGAUAUAGUUGUAAAAAUAUGUUCUUAAGACUGGAGAGAAUUAUAUCAGACAUGUCUGAUAGAUCACAUUAGACUGAAAUUAUUUGCUUCAUUUUCAAAUGUCAUAUAACCAUAGAGACCAUAGCAUUGUGAGUAGGCAGCAUAGUCUUAUGAUAAUUAAUGUUGCGUAUUAUUAUUAUUUUAUGCUUAUAGAUUUUUCUAGUUGACAUCAUGUUAUUCCUUAUGUGUACAGCUUUUCAAACUCAUACCUCUACCAAGGAACUAGGAAGGUUUAAGUUUAAGUAUUUUCUGAAUCCCUAAAAAAAUUCAAAUUGAAUAUUAUUUCAUGUGAAUAAUGAAUUACAUUUAACCACAUAAAAUCCCAUGGGCUGCAUUUUUUUUCUAUCUAUGAGAUGAUUAUGCUAAUCAAUUUAAUAGAUUUUGAUUUAAAAUUUUACUCAUUAGUUUGUAAUAAUGAGUGCCAAAGGCAUUAAAAUUGUAAUUCCUGAUAACUGCAAACCCUUAGACAAUUAAAUUCAAUAACAAAGACUAAAUGAAUAACCUUGUACAGUUUUCUAUGAGUGAUGUGGUUUUAAGUAUGUGUACAGGAUUGAAUGAUGUGCAUUAGAUACACAAGUGUUUUUUAAGUUUAACCUUAUUUUUUUGUGUGACAUUACAUGUAACUUUAUAUUGAUUUCUGUUUGAUUAUAUUGUUUUUUUAAUUUUUCUUUGCUGUAUAAUUCAGUGCAUUGUUGAAUAACUCUUGGACAUUUUUGUUGUUCUAUUAAUCAGUAAUGAAUACCCAACCAUUCCAAAGGAUCGCAAAUGUAUUUGCUGUAAAUGUGCUGCUUAUAUCAUACCAAUGCAUAGAAGCUUCAUUAUUUUGUGUAUUUAUUUUGGACUGUGAUGUAUUUUAUUUUUGAAAUACAUUUGAAACUAGUUAAUUUGGGUACUUUUUUAACAUGGCUUUUUCCUGCUGUUUAAACAAUGCUCCUGUACACUAUGUAUUUCAUGAUGUCUGAAAUAGACAAAACUAUUCAGGUUCUGGCAGAGCACCCUAAACCUAUCAGAAAAGGGAUUUUGCAAAACUGCUAGCUGCUACAAUGCAGGCAUGCGAGAGAGAAAAGGCCAGUCCUAAAAAAACAGACAAAUAGGGAUUAGGCAUGUGGAACUGUUAAAAUAAGGGCAACUGUGGUACCAUGAUUUAUCACCUGAGCCAGCUUGCAAAGGAGCCCACACUUCAACACUGGGUUUUAAGCCUUAUUGGUUUAACAUUUGCCUCCAAAGACCUCUGGGUGUUUGUGUUAAAACCUGCCAUUUAACGAAGAACGUUGAAGUUGUUUUUGAUAGAAAAACUUUAAAAAUAAAAGAUUCAUUUGUUUUUUUCCUCAAAUGUGUCUGCUAGGAAGCUUAGAGAGUAAAAGAGACCCUUUUAACUUUUCAAAACAAUAAAAGCAAAGUUUAACUGGGUGGUCUUAUAAAUUGAAAGUUAUAAAGUAAUACAUAUCUGUGAGAAAUUGGAAGCCAGUGUACAGUAAAAUGUACAGUCAAUAUUAAAUGAACAGCUUCCACAGGUAAUAUAGCACUGUGUUUGUACAGGUUAAUUUAGCCCCAAUAAUCCCAAAAGUGGCAGCACAAAUGCCAUCCUGUUACUGUGGCCAGGGGAAAAGCCCCUGACAUCAUCCAUGUGUUAGUGUAAGCACAUUUUGAGAUUUACUGGAAACUUCCUCCAAAUGAACAUACAUUUGGUAGAAUAUGUACAAAUAAAAAUGUUUAUGUUUACCGAUGGUGAGGACAUGGUUUUGCUUUUGUCUGUAUCAUGUUGCAACCAUAAUUGCUUCCAAAUGUUCUAAAUAAAGGGGGAUAAACUUUAGAACUGUAUGUGGUUCCUCUCUUAUCCAUGACCUCUGAUGAUGACAUGCUUCAUUUGUUAGUCUGACUGUCUGUUGUUCUGUGUGGUCGCACUCAAACACACAAAUACUCCUUUAGAAACGUUCAGCUUUUAGUUGUGUCAGCAGGGUUGAGGUUGCUGUCAUAGCAGGUGUUAAUGAGUACGCGUGACUGGGUUAUUAUUCAAGGCCACCCCUCCCCCAAGUUCCCUUCUUACUAAGUGCAUUUAGUGAACUUGUUUUUUAGCGAACAUAUCUGUGGAGCCCUGCAACUGUGAUGUUUAACAUUUUAUAAGAACUAAGAAUUAAGAGCAGGCUUUUAAUAGAUUUCUUCCUGGGUUGCUUGCCCCUUACUGCUAGCUGAAUAAUCAAAAAAUUAAAAGAUAUUACAGACGUUAAGUCUGGGCCACAACUAUUCCCUCACAUCAAAGUAUUUUGUACUGUCCAUGACUUCCCAAUCAUUAGAUGAACAAAUAUGUAUGGAGUUUUAGAGAGAGUGUGUAGUGGCUUCUAGGCUUCCUGUGUGUACUUGGCUUGCCUUUCUGAUGUAUGUAUUAGUCUCAGUUUUUACCGUGCAAUGCCUGUUCUAGUGGCUACAGUGCCAGUGGAAAGCUCUUUGUGCAGUAACUUACACAACUAUGGCCAGUUCUUGUUUCCAUGACCUCGUUCAAAAACACGCUAUACCGGCAUCUGAUUUUUUAUCAACCACAUCACUACAGAGAAGUAUUCCAGUUGUACAGUUCCACAGAUUCUAUCGACUUUUAAUGUUGCUGGUCAUGGUUGCUCUGCUGUACCUUUUUAUGACAUUUUUUACAUGCUAGACAAAUAUAUUGUGACUCUGUCCUAUGCAACUAUAAGAAUUAACAAGAAUUUGUCAAAUAAUGUAUGUGUCAACUUGUAUGCAUGAAAUAGUGAAGUUUACAUUUGAAAAUAAAUGCAUAAAAAUUCA